AUGCCAACUGAACAUCAACAACCGGUGGAUCCAUCACAUCUUUUGAAUUCGUCUAAAUUUUUAGAAAGUCUUCGCAAACUACAUAUUGAUUCAUUUCUACAAGAAAUCAGUAAUAAACCACUUGAGCCAUUAGUUUACGCACAUUCGGAUAAUAAAAUCUCCUUUGUUCUAAAUCUUUUACGAAUUCAUAAUAUAAUCUCGAUACCAGUAUUUGAUAAUUACCAAAAUAAAUUUGUUAGUAUCGUUAAUGUGGUCAACAUCAACAGAUAUUUAAUGUUGAAAGAGGUUUUUAGUAGAAUGGAUGCUAAGGAAUCUGCUCAUGAUUAUAUGAGCAAGGAAGUAAAACAAAAAAUUACAAAUGUUUACGAAAAACCAAUCAGUGACUUGAUUGAUGAAAUGAAUUUAGCAAAUAAUUUUAAAAUUUAUCACAAAUCCGAACCACUUAUCGAUGGAUUAGAAGCGAUGGGCACACACGAAAAUGUUUAUGCUAUUUUAGCUUCGACGUCAAACAAUAAAGAAAUUAUGGCAAGUGAUGUUCAACAUGCUGCCAUUAUUACCCAAUGGGAUGCGAUCGAUUACUUUCUUAAAAAUCCGGUUUUGAAAGAAGCUCAGAAGGAUGGUGCUUUGGAUUGGCCAGCUAAUAAAGUUAUGCAACGAUCUUGGAUCACCUUUACCAAAAAAGAUGAUCCGAAUCAACCUUCUCGUAGAUUACCAGUAUCUCCAGUCAAGUCCACAUUUGCAUUUUCCAUCACUAAAGACAUGACAGCUUUAGCAGGAUUUAAAGUUCUGGCAAUUCAUAACUUAAGUUCAGUCGCAAUUGUAGAUGGUGGUGAUGACGAGGCCGGUGAAAGAAUCGUUGAAUUAGUCGAUAAUUUAUCAUCUUCGGAUAUUCGCUACCUAAACGUCGACAAUAUCGCUGAGUGCUUGUUACCAAUUACAGCAUUUCUUGGAAAGAUUCGUACGCACCCGAAAAACAUUAUUUUUUGUCAUGAAGAUACAAACUUACAAGAAAUCAUGAGAGUUUCAAUUGAUAAUGGAGUUCAUCAUGUUUGGGUAGUUGAGAAAGAGUCAAAAAAACCUAUAGGUGUUGUUAGCAUGAGCGAUAUGCUUGCGAUGUUUAUCGGUGUUCAGGAAGGUUGA